UUCAGCACAGUGCAGCUCUGCAGAACACCCACCACGGAAGAAAGGCAGAACAAGAGCGCCGAAGUCUGAAAAUGAGAUAAUGAAAGCAAGGUGAACAUCGAGAACGAAGACAUAGAACUGCCAGGAGAAACUACUUAAGAAAACAAAGAUGGAGUUGUGGCGGCAGUGUGCGAUGUGGCUGAUCGACUGCCGAGUUCUUCCUGAGAACCACCGGGUCACAUGGGAAGGCGCACAGGUGUGUGACCUGGCUCAGGCUCUGAGAGAUGGCGUGCUGCUUUGCCAGUUGCUCAACAACCUGCUGCCACAGGCGGUCAACCUGAGAGAGAUCAACCUGCGCCCACAGAUGUCCCAGUUUCUGUGCCUAAAGAACAUCCGGACAUUCCUGGGAGUUAGCCAAGAGAGGUUUCAUCUCAAGAAGAGUGAACUGUUUGAGGCCUUUGACCUGUUUGAUGUUCGGGACUUCGCAAAGGUCAUAGACACUUUGUCCAUCCUGUCUCAUUCAUCCAUUGCGACACAAAGAGGACUCCAGCCUUUUCCUUUGGAGGGAUGCGCUCCUGAUGAUGAGAUCUACAGCGGCCUGUCGGACCAGAUAGAUGACACAGUCGAUGAGGAUGACGAUUUGUACGACUUUGUGGAGGAUGAGGAGAACGAAGGGGAUGAGAUUUAUGAGGACUUGAUGAGGACGGAUGAACAACCUGAAGCUCAACAGAAGACCGGCGUAGACAAACGAGAGUGCUGCCUGCAGGAGAUCAGACAGACAGAAGAGAAAUACUCCGAUACACUGGAAUCUAUAUUACAGCACUUUAUGAAACCUCUUGAACGGUUCCUCAAGGAUCAAGACAUCGAGAGUAUCUUCAUCAACAUAGAGGAUUUGGCUAACACCCAUCGUAGUUUGUUGGAGGAGGUCCGGAGCUCCAUCCUGAGUUAUGGAGCAAAGAAUCUCCACCAGGUGUUUCUGAGCUACAAGGAGAGGCUCUUACUGUACGGUCGCUACUGUAGUCAGGUGGAAACAGCGACGAAACAUCUCGACAAGCUUUCGAAUAUGAGGGAGGAUAUCAGGAUGAAACUGGAGGAGUGUUCAAAGAGAGCCAACAGUGGACGUUUUUCUCUCAGAGAUUUACUCAUGGUCCCUAUGCAGAGGGUCCUCAAAUAUCACCUGCUGUUACAGGAGCUGGUGAAGCACACCACUGACCCGACAGACAAGGAAAACCUACGCACAGCUCUUGAUGCCAUGAGAGACUUGGCACAGUGUGUGAACGAGGUGAAGCGAGACAAUGAGAUCAUCAGACAGAUCACCACCUUCCAGCUGUCCAUAGAAAACAUGACUCAGUCUCUUGCUCUCUUUGGUCGCCCCAAGAUUGACGGAGAGCUGAAGAUCUGCAGCUCGGAGAAAAAGUCGAAACAGGACCGAUAUGCAUUCCUGUUUGAUAAAGCCAUGUUUGUAUGUAAGAAGAAGGGUGGAGAGACUUUUGAGUUGAAGGACAUCAUUGAACUACAGCACUACCAGAUACGAGACGAAACCGCAGGAGAGAAGGACAAUAAAAAGUGGUCCUACCUGUUCCUCCUGCUGGACGUUUACGGGAGGUGUGGUUACGAUCUAUUCUUCAAAACCAGAGAACUGAAGAAGAAAUGGCUGGAGCAGUUUGAGAUGGCUAUGUCAAAUAUGUGUCCAGAGAACGCCACAGCCAACAACCAUGACUUCCAGAUGUACUGCUUUGAGGAAACCACCUCCUGCAAGGCCUGCUCGAUGCUGUUAAGAGGGAUAUUUUUCCAGGGCUACCGCUGCACCCGCUGUAAAAUGGCUGCACAUAAAGAGUGUUUAGGCAGAGUCCCUGCCUGCGGACGAAACUCAGACCAUGCUGGCACUACGAAGAAGAAUAAAACACAGAGGUCCUCCGGACAUUCCAGCGUUGGAUUUCCUAAGAUGGAGGUAUGUCAGGAGUACUAUGCCUUGCCUCCGCCUCCUGUGGGCUUUGGCCAACCGCUUCACCUCUCCAAAGGUGACAUCAUUGAGCUGACCCGCGCUGAUGCUGAGCUGCCAUGGUGGGAGGGGAGGAACCUGACUGCUGGUCAAAUGGGAUGGUUCCCCUGCCAAAAAGUUCAGCCCUACGUCGCUAGGCCGACCCCUGACUUGUCGUCUUUCAACUGGUUUGCUGGGAACAUGGACAGAACAGCUGCCAAAAACCUGCUAAUGUCCCGGUCUGAUGGAACCUUCCUCGUGCGGCAGAAAGAUGGAGGAGAGUUUGCCAUCAGCAUCAAGUUCAACAUGGACAUCAGACACAUUAAGAUCACGUCCACUGAAGGCCUGUACCGCAUCAAUGAUAAGAAAGCAUUCAAGGGUUUAAUUGAAAUGAUUCAGUUCUACCAGCAGAACUCCCUGAAGGAGUAUUUCAAGGAUGUGGACACCACGCUGCGGACGCCUUACAAACAACCAGAGCAAAGCAACUCGUCUAACAACACGCCAAACACCACACCAGGGGGCAGCAUGAGGAGUUUCGGCGUAGCGAGGGCCAGGUACGACUUCUCGGCCAGGGACCGCUCUGAGCUGUCGCUGCGGGAGGGAGACACCAUCAAGAUCCUCUCCAAGAAAGGUCACAGUGGUUGGUGGAAAGGAGAAGUGUACGGCCGGGUGGGGUUCUUCCCAGCCAACUAUGUGGAGGAGGACUACUCUGACUACUGCUGACGGAGGUUCAGAGGAGAUGUCAGGACCCAAACUGUAUGCGUAGGAGACUGUGUGAUAUCUGGUUUCCAUCAAUUGCAUUAACCCAUAUGCAGGAGUGUGUCUGUGUGUGUGUGUGUGUGUGAGUGUGUGAGAGAGCUGCUGUUACUUGUGAGUGUCUAGUGAUGUGAAUAAAACUUUUUUUCAGCUGACAUGAUGAUGUCUGGUUCACAUAUGUACAACUAACUUGAAGCAUACACUCAAACUGUACGUCCAAAACCGUGUGUAUCAAUCUGCUGCAGUAAGAGCCUGCACUCUUCUGGGAAGGUUAAGGUACCUGGCUGCAGGGAUUUGCUCCCAUUCAGCCACGAACGCUUUGAUGAGGUUGAUCACUGAUGUUGGGUGAUUAAGGUCUGGCUCCAGUUCAUCCCUAAGGUGUUAGAUGGGGUUGAAGUCAAGGCUCUGUGCUGGCUGCAAGUUCUUCCACAGUAAACUGGAAAAAAAAGCAUUUCCUUAUUGAUCUGGCUUCCUUGUGCGUGAUGGCACUGUAAUGCUUAGCUUAGCUUGACAUGAAAGCUGGGGCAUUGUGAUGUUUAGACCAGAACAGUUUUUCGCACACUGUCGCCACAAGGCUGGAAGUGCACAGUUGUAUAGAAUAUCACUGUAUGCUGUUGCAUUAAGAUUGAUCUUAACUGGAACUAAGAGGUCUGGUUCAAGCUAUGAAAAAAUGGCACCUGACCAAACAGUGGUGGAAGAAUAUUUACAGCUUUUACUCAAGUAAAAGUAUCAAAACCACUGUGUAAAAAUACACUGGA